CGUGGGCCAGUUGUGUGUAUGGUAGUUUGAUUAGUCCAGUCUAAGUAGUUCAUUCCGGUCCGUUCCCGGGAAAGUUCGAAUCGAUAAGCAUUCUCUUCCUCAGGAAUUGGUUGUGUGCUGUACUGUAUGGGUUUUGGGGGAAGGCUAGGUCCGUGGCGAGAACGCAAACGCUAUGGACGCGUGACAAAUUGUCCAUCGCCGUUCUGUUCCGCUCUGCGGUGCAAUACUGUACUCAUCGCGCCAUUCACCUGUUUAGAAGAGAGCAUCUCCGGUGACCCAGUUGUGGUGGAUCAUGCCACCGAUCGCAAGCAUAGCCAGGCGUCCGUUCUUCAAUUCCUUCAGCUUCAUGUCGUUCAUCUCGUCCUCGGUCUUUCCGACAGCCAAUCCCAUAGGGUCGAAUCCCAAGUUGCCCGGUUCGCGGUCGGGGUCCGAAAACAUGGUCUCCAUGGUUACGUUUCCCUUGUUGGUCCAGAAUUCGAGGACUCCCAUCCAGAAGACAAUCUGGAGCAUGGCCGAGGCUCCGACAACGGUGGGAGCCAUGUUGGAAUCAUCGACGUGUUCGUAGCCGGGGAUGGUCAUGAACUGUUGCAUGGUGAAUCCAACGGUGGCAAGCAUAGAGGCACGUCCGUGCUUGAUCUCGGCUUCCCGGAGCCACUUCAUGUCAAAGGUAUCGGAAAAUCCGAGGGGGUCGAAUCCGACGUCACCGACCCAUCCCUUCAGCUUUUGGGGUCGUGUCAGGUAGGGAAGGGAUUUCGACAUCUCCGCGUUGAGGGCGGUGGAUUUCGUUGCGGCAUUCUAGGGAUUGGAUUUUGGUUGGAAUGGGUUGCGUUGCGUUGCAUGUCGGCGGUGCACAGCGAGAAACACGAGCAGAAGUGCGGGACAUCACGAAGAAGGAGAAGAACGAGAGAGCACAACAGAUAACAAAGAAAACAGGAGCAGAAUCGAUCAGAAUAUUGUUAUUGAAAUCGAGAUUUUGCACGCAAAGUGGGGUGCACUAUCCAGUGACUUGGCCAACGAUUCGGACCCAUCACUUCCGCCAAGGAAGUGCGACCUUGUUCGGCCCGCUAUGGAAAUAGCAUCGUAUCGAAUCGAAUCAAAUUGAAUCUUUUUC